AUGGUGAAGGACAAUCCAGAUUCUGAUCAAAACCACGACUACAGCUCUGCUAACACGAAAAGUCAGCCGGAGCAGCAGCAGCAAUUUCCGAACAAGAAGCAACGAAUUUCUCACCAUGAUGACAGUCAUCAAAUCAACCAUAGACCAGUCACUUCGUGUACUCAUUGCAGGCAGCACAAGAUCAAAUGCGAUGCCAGUCAAAACUUUCCUCAUCCUUGCUCUAGAUGUCAAAAAAUUGGCCUCCACUGCGAAAUUAAUCCUCAAUUUAGGCCUAAAAAGGGCUCACAGUUACAACUACUGAGGCAAGACGUGGAUGAAAUGAAGGCUAAAUUAGAUACUCUCUUGGCUAAUGACAGCGUCUUUGUCCAUUUCCUACAACAUAUUCCCAUGGGCAAUAACCUUUUAAGCAAACUUAAUUUACAUCCAACUCCAACUUCAGGCACUAUCAUUCCUAACCCAGAUUCUUCUCCUUCAUCAGGAUCCCCCACUUCUUCCACGACUCAGCGAGAUUCGAAGGUCUCAGUGCAGACAUAUUUGUCCAGGGAGCCUCAGCUUUUACAAGCCAGCCACAGCAACAACAAGAAUAACUUCAAGGCAAAUACUGAGGCCCCCUCCCGCACAACAUUGCGUGCGUCUUCUUUGGCCCUAGGCUCGAAAAGCUUAGCGGUAACAGAGCCAAAUAAACUGCCCCCUCUAUUGAACGACUCAGCGUUGCCUAAUAAUUCCAAAGAAUCCCUGCCUCCUGCUUUGCAGAUGGCCUAUUACAGGAACAACUCGGCAACCAACACGCCAAACGGUCCCUUCUCGCCAAACCACGCUGCAUAUUCCCCCUCUACCGCGUCGAUCAGUGCUACGAACACAACAAACAAAGCACCUCUUGUAGCUGAUACUCGUGGUGGUACAAUCAACAGUGUGAAUAGAACGAAAACGCCCGUGGUGGCCACCACCACAACUAUGCCAUUAUUGCCUUCGCCACAUGCAAGCGUGGAUGAGUUUGUGUUGGGUGACAUAAGUAUUUCCAUUGAAAAAGCCAACAGAUUACACCAUAUUUUCGUGACUAGGUACCUGCCGUACUUCCCUAUCAUGUACUCCAAUAAUGCUACUGAGCUGUACUCCCAAUCUCAACUACUCUUCUGGACUGUGAUGCUGACAGCAUCUUUGUCCGACCCUGAACCCACCAUGUAUUGCAAGUUGAGCUCCUUAAUCAAACAACUGGCCAUAGAAACCUGUUGGAUACGAACCCCUAGGUCUACACAUAUCUCGCAAGCUUUGCUCAUAUUAUGCAUUUGGCCGUUACCUAACCAGAAAGUUUUAGACGAUUGUUCUUACCGUUUUGUGGGACUAGCUAAAUCAUUGUCCUACCAACUGGGUUUACAUAGAGGCGAGUUCAUUUCAGAAUUUACACGGACUCAAACUUCAAUGCCAAACGCAGAAAAAUGGAGAACUAGGACCUGGCUGGGAAUAUUUUUUGCCGAGCUUUGUUGGGCGAGUAUCCUAGGUUUACCACCAACUUCACAAACGGAUUAUUUAUUGGAGAAGGCCUUAUCUUGUGGUGACGAAGAGUUGAAUGAAGACAAUAAUAAUAAUGACAUCAAUGAAAAUAAAAAUACUUGUAGUAACGGCAAUACUAGUAAUGUUGAUAAUAAUGUUAACGAUAAAAUUAAUACGAAUAAUGAAUCACACAUCGAAAAUAAAUACAAAUUACCAGGCAGAUUUAGAAGAUUAUUGAGUUUGGCCAAUUUCCAAGCUAAAUUAUCCCAUAUUAUUGGAUCUUCCAUUUCCAGCCCUGAUGGGUUAUUAGAACCAAAAUAUCGUGCGGAAACUUUGUCCAUCCUAGGGAAAGAUUUGGAUUUACUAGCGAAAACCUUAAACUUUCAAAGUGAUGAUGUUGUAAAUAUUUAUUUUCUGUAUGUUAAAUUAACCGUUUGUUGUUUUGCGUUCUUACCUGAAACGCCUCCUACUGAUCAAAUUCCAUAUGUCACAGAAGCAUACUUAACAGCUACUAAGAUCGUCACUUUAUUGAACAACCUUUUAGAAACACAGCAACUGAUUGAACUACCAAUUUAUAUUAGACAAGCAGCCACAUUUGCGGCAUUGAUAUUAUUCAAAUUGCAACUAACUCCUCUGCUUCCUGAUAAGUAUUUCGAUUCGGCAAGGCAAUCAGUGGUCACUAUCCACAGACUUUACAGAAACCAGUUGACUGCAUGGACCACGAGUGUAGAGAAUGAUAUUUCCAGAACAGCAAGUAUGUUAGAGAAAUUGAACUUCGUACUAAUCAUGCAUCCGGAAGUUUUCGUGGAGGAGGAUGGUAUUAUUUCAAGAAUGAGAUCACAUUUAACAGGUUCUCUAUUCUAUGAUUUGGUUUGGUGUGUCCAUGAGGCAAGAAGAAGAGAAAUUGAUUCCGAAUAUAAUAAACAAGCACUAGAAAAAGCCGUUAAGAAGAGGGAACUUUCUUCUAAUGGCAUUUACAACGACCUUUCAUCUACAGGCGGGAUUAUGGAUAGAAAACUGUAUCCAUUGCCGUUAUACAAUCAUAUUUCCAGGGACGAUUUUGAAACUGUGACAAAGACAACACCGAGUGGAACCACUGUCACCACUUUAGUCCCCACCAAAAAUGCCUUAAAGCAGGCAGAAAAACUAGCUAAAACGAAUAACAGAGACUCUGAUGGUUCUAUAAUGGAGAUCAACGGGAUACCGCUUUCCAUGCUCGGAGAAACAGGCAGCGUAAAAUUUCAAAGUUUAUUCGCUAAUACUGGAAGUAAUAAUGAUUACAACAAUAGCCGACCUUUACUAGACGCGUCGAACAUCAUGUCAGUGCCUUCCAAUUCAAGUUAUCCAAUGGCUCCAGGGAACACUUCGAAUAACAAUUUAGGAAGUACAAACGUAGACUAUUAUAAUAAUGGACCUGGUUCAAUUCUUGAUCUCUCCAUGAAAAGAUCAGUAAGUACGCCCGUAAAUCAUCUCCCUACAUCCGUUCCAGGUUCGAGAAAUCCUAUUUCUGGUUUACCAAAUGCUGUUACAUUGGCCAUCGACCGCCCCGGCCAAAGAGAACAUAGUAAUUUACAAAAUGUUCCCGUUUAUUAUAAUAACCAAUUCAACAACACCAACGUGAUUGAGAGAUCCCAAAGUAGUAUGUCACAUUCACGCACGCCAGUUGCGUCCAAAUCGAAUAACAUGGCGGAUUUGCAUUCCGUUGUUUCCGAUCCUGGUUCCUCUAAGAAUACCGCUUACCCACCUCUAAGCUUGUUUGCAAAGAAUAACAGCCACAAUAGUAAUAGAGCAAAUCCGCAAUUUGUUGCGGUCGGGAAUGCUGCAACUCCCUUAAACUACCAAAACGGUGAGAAUGAAAACAACGCAAAGACUCCUGGAAACAAGCUGACGGAUUUUUUCCAGCAGCAAAGCGCAGGUUGGAUUGAAGGUAAUUCCAGCAAUGAUGACUUCUUUGGAUGGUUUGAUAUGAACAUGGAACAAGGAUUUUAA